CCCAUUCCCAAAAAAACUUAUGUUUUACAUCGCUAACCUAUGACCUCCCCAGACACGGACGACUUUCCUGCUAACCUAAGCCAGGUGGCGCAUAUAAUCCCUUCACCCACACCCUACGCCGACCGCCAUGCCCCUAAACCUUCUCAAACUCACCUCUUCUAUUUCCGUCCACCACCACCACCAACGCCACCGCCAUAAAUGGCUACGCCGGGCAAUUACCACCGGGAAUUCUAGAACACUGCCUGCGAUGUGCUCGGGCUGGUGGAGGAUAACAACACAAUUUGCACCGCACGCUCACGUUAUCAAUAACAACGAUUAUAACAGACUAGGGUUUCGUAGUCCGAAAAAUUUCAGAUAUUGUUCCGGGAAUAAAGGAGGAAAAGUGUUUGUUGGUGGAAAAGUGAAUAUGGAAUCGGCAAGCAGUGAUAACAGAGAUGACAAAAGGACAACGGAAGCUGACCACAGCUCCUCUGUCAUGCCUGCAUUGCCGUCGGACGACCGCCGGCACCUAAAACCUCCUCCGUCUCAACAAAAUUCGUCCUCUAAAUUGUUAACAUUGCCUACGAUCUUAACAAUCGCUCGCGUCGCGGCCGUUCCUCUUUUGAUCAGCACUUUUCAUAUGAACAGUCGAUUAGGAACAACUGCCACCACUGGUAUUUUCAUUGCUGCAGCAAUUACAGAUUGGCUUGAUGGGUAUCUAGCAAGAAGGAUGAACUUAGGUACUGCUUUUGGCGCAUUUUUAGAUCCGGUGGCUGAUAAGCUUAUGGUUGCUGCUACAUUAGUCUUGCUAUGUACAAGACCUCCAGAGGCUGCUAUUUUUGGGCAACUGCCAUGGCUAUUGACUGUACCAUCAAUUGCAAUCAUUGGCAGAGAGAUAACAAUGUCUGCAGUUAGAGAGUGGGCUGCUUCUCAAGGGAGUAAACUUUCACAGGCUGUUGCUGUAAAUAAUCUUGGAAAGUGGAAAACAGCUACUCAAAUGACUUCAUUAACCAUUCUUCUUGUAAUUAGAGACAGCAGUUUUACAGAAGUAGGGUUUCUGGGUACAGCAGGUGUUGGUUUCCUUUAUGUAUCAGCAGGGCUAGCUGUAUGGUCAUUGGUUGUGUAUAUGAAGAAGAUAUGGAAAGUAUUGAUGAUGAUGUAGCAACAUGCAACAACUUAAUACUACCUUGUUUCUUUCAAAACCCUUCAUGUAUGCAGGGUCUUAUAAACGUGCAUUGUAAACUGGUUACUUUAAGAAUAUCAGGUAUUUUUUUUUUGCAUAUUCUGAGGUUGAUUGAUAAAUAAUACUAAUGAUGGUCAUAUGUAGAUUAAUGUUAAUUUAAUAUCAAACUGAAUGGAGAUAUGUUG